UAUUACUGAACAACUUAGUGUGUUUGAUCUUUUCGUCCAGUUUUUGUGUUUUCCGAAAAAGUCUUGGUGGACAAGUGGUGUUUAUGCAGUAACACUACCUUCGAGGAAAAUGCCUCAAUACUUUCAAAAGCCGGAGAAUGCUCUGAAAAGAGCUAAUGAAUUUAUUGUUAUUGGUAAAAAAGAAGCCGCCUUAGAUGUUUUGUAUGAUGUUAUCAAGAGUAAGAAGCAUCGUAACUGGCAAAAGAUACAUGAACCAAUUUUGCAAGCAUAUCUUGGGCUAUGUAUUGAUUUAAAAAGAUCUGUUAAUGCCAAGGAAGGUCUAUAUCAGUACAAGUUAAUCUGCCAACAAGUGAACAUUGCUUCAUUAGAAGAAAUUAUAUCUUUCUUUUUACAACUGGCUGAAAAACAUGCUGAAGAAGCAAGAAAUCAAUCCAUUGAACUUGUUACAGUGGAAGACCUUGAUCAAGUACAAACACCUGAAGGGAUCAUGUUGUCCUCUGUCAGCUCAGAGGAUGCACAAGAUAGAUCCGACAGAGUUUUACUAACACCAUGGGUGAAGUUUCUUUGGGAAGCAUACCGUAAUGUUCUUGAGUUGCUCAGAAAUAACAAUCGAGUGGAAAGAUUGUACCAUGAAACUGCACAAAGUGCUUUCAAGUUUUGUUUAAAAUACCAACGACGUGCUGAAUUUCGGAAGUUAUGUGUUCUUAUUAAAAAUCACUUGGAUCAAGUGUUAAAGUAUCAAGGGCAGCCGACUGCUAUCAACCUGAAUGCUCCGGAGAGUUUGCAAAUGCAUUUGGAAACACGUUUAUUUCAGUUAGAGAAUGCAAUAACAAUGGAAUUAUGGCAGGAAGCCUUUCGUGCAAUUGAAGGAAUCCAUUACCUAAUGCAGAUGUCUAAGAAGCCACCAAAGCCACAUAUGAUGGCAAAUUAUUACGAGAAAGUUGCUCUUGUGUUUUUUAAAGCAGAAAACAAGUUGUUUCAUGCAGCUGCCCUGUUAAAAUUGUUUACACUAAUCAAGGACCAAAAAAAGACUGUUACACCUGAAGAAUUAAAAAGGAUUGGCAGUAAAGUGCUUUUGGCAAGUCUUUCUAUCAAUAUACCACCAGGUAAAAGCUCAAUGGAAGAAUAUCUUAGUUAUGAUUCUGUUUUGUCUGAAAAGGAUCGAAGGCUGGCGACAUUGUUAGGUUUGAUAUCACUUCCAACAAGAAAGUCUGUUCUCAAUGAUGUGGAAAAUAUUAUUAUUCCCUAUCUUCCACCUGAGCUAAAAGAUCUGUUUUAUGUAUUGGAAUCUAAGUUCAAUCCACUUCAGUUGUGCAAGAAAGUAAAUGAAACACUUACUACAAUCAGCUCAGACGAAAACAUUGCGCAUUAUGUAAAACCAAUCCAGGAAAUAUCAAUUAUCAGAGCCCUCAAGCAGAUUUCUCAAGUGUAUGAAAGUAUGUCGUUUGAAAGAUUAAUGAAAAUGAUUCCCUUUGCUGACAUUCACCAGUUGGAACACACCAUUGUUAUGUCAGUGAAGAAAGGUGACAUGCAGAUUUCGAUUAAUCAUCAAUCGAAGUCUCUUACUUUUGGUUCAGCAUUGGUUGUUGCUCUAAAAGAAGAGGUUGCGGACGGCCCUUACAUUCAAGCCAUGCCUUCAGAAAUUUUACGAAGUCAGCUGUGUUCAUUGGCUGAAGGUGUAAACGAGGCGUAUGCAUUGAUCAACCCUGAGACAAUCGUAAAAGAGUUCCAACAAACGCGAGAGCAACUUGUUUCCCAGUACAUGAGACAAGAACGCAAAGAACAUAUGCAUUUGUUGAAUCGAAAGUCUGUAAUUGAGGCACGAAAAGAAAAAAUUGAGAACAUGAGAACAAAUCAGGAGAGACUUGAAAAACGCCAAGCACGACAGUAUGAAGCGAAAUUAAGAGAAGCAGAAGAGAAGCGUUUGGAAAUCGAGCGUGAAAAGAGAGAGAAAGAACGAAGGGUACAAGAAAUGAAAGAAAUCCAGAAACAACAAGUGUGGGAUCGUGUUGAAUCUCUGCGUGGAACUGAUGUCGGCAAGAGAGCAUUCAAGAAUCUUUCAGCUAAGGAAAUUGAUGAAAUGGAUCCAGAAGAUAUUUUACAGCGACAGUAUGAACAACUGGAUCGCGAGAAGCGUGAACAAAUGUUGAAACUUCGAACGCAAGAAAAAAGAAUCGACCACUUAGUGCGCGCUAUGAGAAUGGAAGAAAUACCUCUACUUGAAAAGUUCCUCUCUGAGAAGAAAAUUAAGGAUGAAGAAGACUGGGAGCGAGAAGAGGAAGAAAGAAUUAAAAAUGCUGCAAAAGAUCACCAGCUUGCAAUAAAAGCAAAAGAUAGAUUGCAAAGAAUGCAAGAUGAUAAAGAAGAGUUCUUAAACAACCUCUUUGGAAAUCGCCAUUCAGAAUAUGAGGCGCGGUUGCAAGAAUUUGACAAUAAUCUUGAGAAGGUGAGGAAAGAAAGACUUGAACAGCGUAAGAAGCAACGUAUGGCUCAGAGAAGACAAGAUUUCAUUACAGCAAGACGUGAACAGAAACGCAAAGAACGAGAAGAACAAUCACGAAGAGAAAAAGAAGCUGAAGAGGAAAGGAAACGGAAAGCAGAAGAGGAGGAGAGAAUAAGACGUGAGGAAAAGAGAAAAGCGUUAGAUGAAGUUGCGCGAAAGCAGCGGGAAAAGGAGGCUGAAAUUGAGGAGAAGUUGCGUCAACAACAAUCAUCUUCAUCAACGAAAUACGAGCCUCCUUCAUCAAGAGAACCGAACCAUUGGCGUCGCGAGGAUGCUAAGAGUGGUACACCGAACUCUUCUGGAAGUGUAACUGGUGGAAAAUAUGUUCCUCCUAGUAGAAGAAGACCUGCUGAAGCUACUCCACGUGAUUUCGAAGAUGGCCCACGACGCGAUGACCGUGGCUUUGAUCGCCGUGAUGACCGUGGCUUCGAUCGCAGAGACGACCGUGGCAUCGAUCGCAGAGACGACCGUGGCUUCGAUCGCAGAGACGACCGUGGAUUUGAUCGCAGAGACGACCGUGGAUUUGAUCGCAGAGACGACCGUGGAUUUGAUCGCAGAGACGACCGUGGAUUUGAUCGCAGAGACGACCGCGGCUUUGAUCGCAGAGACGACCGUGGCUUUGGGCGAAGAGAAGAUCGUGGUUUUGAGCGCAGGGACGACCGUAAUUUCGAGCGAAGAGACGAUCGCGGUUUCGAUCGAAGAGAUGAGCGCGGUGAUGCUUGGCGUCGAGAUAAUGGCGGCCGUCCUCCAGCAGACAAGAGAGAUGACAGAUUCGGCGAUUCUCCUCAAGUUGGACGAUCUGGAGGUUGGCGCGGUGAUAGUGGAAAUACGUCGGGUGGAGGUAGCUGGAGGUCCAGCGACGGUGGACGCUCAGAAGGCCGCUCUUGGCAAGCAAGUCGAGUGCGAUCUGAUCGUGACAGAGAAGAUAAGGAAGAGAGAGGCCCACCACGUGAUCAAUUAAAAGAGGGCGAUGAAGGCUGGACUACUGUUACACGUUGAAUUUGUAAUAUGAUAUAUGCAAGCAAAUAGAAUUAUAGUGUGUAGUAA